UUGGUUUACUAUUUCAGCUGGUGACUGGGUAAAAUUCAAUCUUCCAAUCUCGUCUGCUGUAGCCGUAUUGGGCUGGGGUCUUGUGCAAUGGGAGGAUGCCUACAAAACAGCUGGGCAGUUUGACGCAAUGCUAGACUGUAUUAAAUGGCCUCUUGAUUUUUUCCUGAAAUGUUGGAGAAAAAAUGACAACGAGUUAUAUGGGCAGGUUGGUAACGGUGGUAUUGACCACUCUAAAAUGAUGAGACCAGAGGAUAUGACAGCAUCAAACAUGCAGCGACCAGCAUACAAGGUGACCUCAGCUCGAGGAGGAAGUGAUCUGGCAGGCAGUAUGGUUGUGGCUUUUGCAGUUGGUUCUAUGGCAUUUAAGAAUAAAGACCCUGACUACUCCGCAAAACUUCUUGACGCUGCCGAGUCAUUGUAUGUGUUUGCUGAUAAAUACAGGGAAAAAUACACAGCAGAAAUAAGCGACGCUGGCAAUUUUUAUAGUUCGAGCAGUUACGAAGACGAAUUGGUUUAUGCUGCCGCCAUGUUGUACAAAGCGACCAACAAAGCUUCAUACUUAACUGACGCGGAGCAGAAAUACAACCAAUUCAAUUUUGAUGGCAAAACACCUUGGGCCUUCGAUUGGGACGAUAAAACAAUUGCAACAAAAGUGCUUUUAUACGAAGCAACGGGCAAAACUACGUACAAACAAGGUAUACAGAACUUUUUAAACAGCUACAGUCCGCAAGGAAACGUGCAGUACACCCCUGGUGGACUUGCUUGGCGGUCAAAAUGGGGUUCUCUGCGAUAUACAGCAAACGUAGCGUUCAUCGCACUUAUGGCGGCUGAUCUCGGGAUAGAUGCGGAGGCUAAUAAGAACUGGGCUAAAGGACAGAUUGAUUACAUGCUUGGUGAUAAUCCAAGAAGCUCUAGUUACGUUGUUGGUUUUGGAAACAAUCCACCAAAGCAACCCCACCAUAAAUCCAGCACGUGCCAGCCGAAACCUGCAGCUUGUGAUUGGGGUGUAUUUUCUGACACUAGUAAGGCUAAUGCUUUUGUCUUGUAUGGUGCACUUGUGGGAGGACCAGAUGCCUCAGAUAAUUACAAGGAUGUGAGAACUGACUACAUCAUGGCGGAAGUGACGUGUGACUAUAACGCAGGCUUCCAGUCUGCUGUUGCUGGAUUGGUUCAUUUUAAAAACAAGUGAAGUGAAAGUGCAAUACAGAAAACAAAUUUCUAGAAUUAUGUCAUAAUAUGUCUCAAUAAAAUAUGCUGUACUGUAAA